AUGGCCCCCAAAAAGCCAGAGCCCAAGAAGGAGGAGGCCAAGGCAGCCCCCAAGGCGGCGGCUCCGGCCGCGGCCCCGGCUCCCGCGGCCCCACAGCCCGAGCCCCCCAAGGAGAACGAGUUUGAUGCCUCCAAGGUCAAGAUCGAGUUCACCCCAGAGCAGAUUGAAGAGUUCAAGGAGGCCUUCAUGCUGUUCGACCGCACGCCGAAGUGCGAGAUGAAGAUCACGUACGGCCAGUGCGGGGACGUGCUGCGGGCGCUGGGCCAGAACCCCACGCAGGCCGAGGUGCUGCGCGUGCUGGGGAAGCCCAAGCAGGAAGACCUGAGCACCAAGAUGAUGGACUUCGACACGUUCCUGCCCAUGCUGCAGCACAUCGCCACCAACAAGGACACGGGCACCUACGAGGACUUCGUGGAGGGGCUGCGUGUCUUCGACAAGGAGGGCAACGGCACCGUCAUGGGCGCCGAGCUGCGGCACGUGCUGGCCACGCUGGGCGAGCGGCUGACCGAGGAUGAGGUGGAGAAGCUGAUGGCCGGGCAGGAGGACUCCAACGGCUGCAUCAACUACGAAGCGUUCGUGAAGCACAUCAUGGCCAGCUGA